AACCCACACGUCAUAUUUAUGUGACAUACCGGACAGAAAAUAGGAUUUGCUGGCUGUAACACUUUUUUACUUGUACUUGCUGCGUCUUGUUUAUUUUUGCGGAGUAAAGCAGCUUUAUUUUGUUUUCAGUUAGUUAACUAUUAGAAGCUUGGUUGGUGUAGCGGUAAGUUUUUACAACUUCAAUUUCAGGUUAAAAUGUACUGAUUCGGACAGUACUAUUUCAUCCAAGCAACGAAAACGUGCUGCUACAUGUCUCCUGACAGUGACAGGUUUUACAUUUAGUGCGUUUUUUUGUUUCCCUUACGGCGGUAUGAGUUAUCGGUACGGAGGUGGAGGUGGAAGAAGAAGCAGAAAAGGAGGUAGAGAGUACAGGGAUGGGAGCAGAGAGAGGUUAGAUAGAGGAGGUGGUGGUGGCGGCAGAGGUCCCAGAGGACACGGUUCCGACGUUGACCAGGACGGAGGAGCAGGAGGAGGUCAGAGGGACCGACCUCCUCCACAUCUGAGGGGCCGGGAGAUUGGCCUGUGGUACGCACGGUAUGGAGCCGUGAGGAGGAAACAAGCUGACCGCAGAUCGCGGGCGGUGGUCCAUAUGGAUGAGGCCAGAGAGGAGCACAUCACCAAGUUGCUUAACUCUGUCCAGAAUGACCAGCCUGGCCCAAUGAGAGACAGAAGGGAUGCACAAUCCUCCAUGUCUGACAACUGGGGGACGGCUGCCGGCAGUAGCGGUCACUGUUACUUUGAUGGGGAUAUGCCUGAGGAAGAGAAACAUAAAUUUGGGGAAGAGGAAGGAGAUACUUCUAAAGAGAAGAAAGCAAGUCGCUCAUCACAACGUGGCUCGUCUACAGCGGCAGAUAAAGAUGAGCCACCAGAAAACUGGGAUGAAGAUGAUAAGGAUGAGGCGGAGAAAAAAAAACUGAUAAGGAACGACAAGGAUCUGGAGUUCUUAUUUCAGGAACUAGUCAGAGACUCAUCAAUGGAUGAUGACUUGAAAAGAGAUCUGCAAAGCAAAAAAAAGGAUCUAAAUUACAAAGAAAUGCUGAAAUUCAGGGAAAAACUACCAUCACAUGGAAAAAAAGAGGAACUGGUGCAGCUGAUCAACUCUAACCGUGUCUUGGUAGUUAGUGGGGAGACAGGAUGUGGAAAGACCACUCAGGUCACUCAGUUUAUCCUGGAUGACCACAUCAAUAGAGGCAGGGGUUCGACGUGCCGUGUGGUCUGCACGCAGCCUCGGCGCAUCAGUGCUAUCUCCGUAGCGGAGCGUGUAGCUGCAGAGAGAGCAGAAAGUGUCGGAAAUGGAAAUUCUUGUGGUUACCAAAUCCGCCUUCAGAGCCGGUUGCCACGGAGACAAGGCUCCAUACUCUACUGUACUACAGGAAUUAUUCUUCAGUGGCUUCGCUCAGAUCCGUUAUUAUCCAGCAUUAGCCACCUUGUGUUGGAUGAGAUCCAUGAAAGGAACCUUCAGUCAGACGUUUUGCUCAUCAUUGUGAAGGAAUUACUCAACCUCCGAGAUGAUCUCAAAGUCAUCCUGAUGAGUGCCACUCUCAACGCUGAGAAGUUUUCUAAAUAUUUUGACAAAUGUCCAAUAAUCCACAUCCCUGGGUUGACAUUCCCGGUGGAAGAGUUUUUACUUGAAGACAUCGUCGAGAUGACCAGAUAUCGUCCACAGAAUCAGGAUCGUCGCCCCGCAUGGAAGAGACGUUUUUGGCAGGGCCGCCAAUCCAGAUCAGAGAAGGAGGAGAAGGAGCUGGAAUACAAGGAAAGCUGGCCAUGUUAUGCACGGACCCUUCAGGGCAGAUACUCUGACAGCACAAUUGAGGCGGUGGAGAUGUUAGACACUGAUGAGAAGAUUGAUCUGGAGCUGAUCCUGGCACUGAUCCGUUAUAUUGUGCUCAAUGAGGGGGAGGGAGCGAUCUUGGUUUUCCUGCCUGGCUGGGACAACAUUAGCAGUCUCAAUGACCUCCUUAUGGCUCAGCAGAUGUUCCGAUCAGAAAAGUUUGUCAUCAUCCCUCUGCACUCCCUCAUGCCUACUGUUAAUCAGACGCAGGUUUUCAAGAGACCCCCACCAGGAGUUAGAAAGAUUGUGAUUGCAACCAAUAUAGCUGAGACCAGCAUCACCAUAGAUGAUGUCAUUUAUGUGAUCGAUGGAGGCAAGAUUAAGGAAACCAACUUUGACACUGACAACAACAUCAGCACCAUGACGGCUGAGUGGGUUAGCUUGGCCAACGCCAAACAGAGGAAAGGACGUGCUGGCAGGGUGCAACCAGGAAAAUGCUAUCAUCUGUACAAUGGGCUUAGGUCCAGCCUGCUGGAAGCCUAUCAAUUACCUGAAAUUAUGAGGACACCGCUGGAGGAGCUCUGUUUGCAGAUAAAGAUAUUGAAGCUUGGCUCCAUUAGUCGAUUUUUGGAAAAGGCCAUGGACCCACCGAGUGAGAAGGCAGUCAACCUCGCCAUCAAGAACCUCACAGACCUGAAUGCCCUGGACCAUGCAGAGAAUCUGACAGCUCUGGGCUUCCACUUGGCACGCCUCCCUGUGGAGCCGCACAUUGGCAAACUGAUCCUUUUUGGGGCUCUGCUAGGAUGCCUCGACCCUGUACUCACCAUUGCCGCUUCGCUCAGCUUCAAAGACCCUUUCUUCAUCCCCCUGGGUAAAGAAAAGAUGGCGGACAUGAGGAGAAGGACUCUGUCCAGAGACUCCAAGAGUGACCACCUCACUAUUGUCUAUGCCUUUAAGGGAUGGGAGGAAGCCAAACAGCGGGGGGCCAGGUAUGAGAGGGAGUACUGCUGGGACAACUUCCUUUCUGCCAACACACUCCAGAUGCUACACAACAUGAAGGGUCAGUUUGCCGAACAUCUCAUGCAUGCUGGCUUUGUCAGCAGCAAGGAUCCGAAAGACCCUAAAUCCAAUGUCAACUCAGAUAAUGAGAAGUUAAUUAAGGCAGUGAUUGUGGCUGGACUGUACCCUAAGGUGGCCAUGAUCAGACCAUCUCACAGCCAAAAGAGACCUGGGGUAAAGGUGUACACCCACGCUGACGGAAAGGUGUGUAUUCAUCCCAAAUCUGUCAAUGCUGAAGAGAGGGAGUUCAAUUACACAUGGCUCAUUUACCACCUGAAGAUGAGAACCAGCAGUAUCUUCCUGUACGACUGCACUGAGGUGUCUCCAUUCUCGCUGCUUUUCUUCGGAGGAGACAUCACCAUCCAGAAAGACGAGGACCAAGAGACCAUUGCAGUCGACCGGUGGAUUGUCUUCAGAUCCCCGGCACGCACUGCUCAUCUCGUUAAGAGUUUGAAGAAAGAGCUGGAUUCACUGUUACAAGAGAAAAUCAGUAACCCGGCUCCUGUGGACUGGAAUAACCGCCAGUCCAAAGACUGUGCUGUCAUCACAGCCAUCAUAGACCUUAUUACCACCCAGGAAAGGCCUGCAGCCAGCAGCAAGGAUGAUGACAGGACGUGGACGUCUGCUCUGAGAGGGAAGCACGUUUACUUCAACGAGGACGACGACAACGAUGAUUAAAAGUGGCCCGACAUUUGGCUGGCAAUGAAGAGAAGAGCCUCUACCAUGGCUGUCUGCACCUUCACACAUGAGUUUGUUGGAAUAUUUAUGAUAGACAGCUGGCCUCCCUGAUGCUUCUACUUGGUUUAAACUUUAGUGCUCCCUAGAUGCUGCUGAAGGCCAAACACAGAAUGAUAGAGUGCUGAAAAAAUGAAAAUGUUCUUUACUGGAAUGAGUCCUGCUUUUCUGUCUCUUUUGACCAUUCAGUAUUCUUCAAGGACAAACCUCUCUUUAUGUAUCCUGUUUUGUUUAAUUUGUACAUUUAACAUUUCACCUUUUUUCCCAGUAAUGCCACACAACUGCUUGUGCAAUAAAGAGGCUACUUAUAAUCACUCAGUGCAGCUUAUACCAUCUUAUGGGACUGAAAUUUGAAAAAACGUUACCUUGAAAUAAUCUCUGCAUGACUGGAUAUCAUAACUGUCCUUUAAAUGGAGAAAUUGCAUCUCCAUAAAUAAAAUAUCAAAAAGUUA